AUGGCCGCCCAGCGCCUGGAGUGCCCCGUCUGCCUUGAGGUGCAGGACGGGCAGCAGCACCAGUGCCGGGAGGGCCACGUCUUCUGCGCCUCCUGCGACUCCAGCCUGCGAGCCCCGCGCCGCUGCCCCGAGUGCCGCAUGGCUCUCGGACCGCUGAGCCAGGCAAUUCGAUCCCGAAGCCACGAGGAGCGGAUCGCGGCGCUGCCGGCGGCGUGUUCGCACUGCGGGCUGGCGACGACGCGCGGCGAAGUCGCCGCCCACGAGCACGACUGCCCGCAGCGGCCGCGCGCGUGUUCCGCGGCGGAGGCUGGCUGCGCGUGGUCGGGGCUGCUGGCAGACAAGGCGGCGCACGAGGCGACGUGCCCCUUCGCGGUGUGCCAGCGCAUGAUGGCGCCGCUACAGAGCGAGGUGGCGGAACUGCGGGCGGAGAACGAGCGGGUGCAGGCUCAGUUGGCGCCGCUGCGAGCCCAAGUGGCGGCACAAGGCGCUGAGAACGAGCGGCUGCAGGCCCACCGCGUCGCUGUUACGGCGUGCAUGCGUUUGGCUAAUCUGUGCAUUGAGGUGCAGAACAGGCAACUUGCGGCGGGCGCGGACGCAGUCGAGGCAAUAGUGGCGGCGUUGCAGGCUCACCCGCAGGUGGCGGGGGUGCAACAGCAAGGCUGUGCGGCGCUGGGCAACGUGUGCUUCGGCACCGACGCCGCGGGGCUCGCACGCAAGCAGCGCGCAACAGAGGCGGGCGCGAUCGAGGCGGCAGUGGCGGCGAUGCAGGCUCACCCGCAGGUGGCGGGGGUGCAGGCGGAAGGCUGUGCGGCGCUGGUCAACGUGUGCUGCGGCACCGACGCCGCAAGGCUCGCACGCAGCCAGCGCGCAGCCGACGCGGGCGCGAUCGAGGUGGUAGUGGCGGCGAUGCAGGCUCACCCGCAGGUGGCGGAGGUGCAACAGCAUGGCUGUGCGGCGCUGGGCAACGUGUGCUGCGGCACCGACGCCGCAGGGCUCGCACGCAGGCAGCGCGCAGCAGACGCGGGCGCGAUCGAGGCGGUGGUGGCGGCGCUGCAGGCUCACCCGCAGGUGGCGGGCGUGCAGAGGCAAGGCUGCAGGGCGCUGGCCAACGUGUGCUCCGGCACCGACGCCGCAAGGCUCGCACGCAGCCAGCGCGCAGCCGACGCGGGCGCGAUCGAGGUGGUAGUGGCGGCGCUGCAGGCUCACCCGCAGGUGGCGGGCUUGCAACAGCAUGGCUGUGCGGCGCUGGGCAACGUGUGCUGCGGCACCGACGCCGUGGGUCUCGCACGCAAGCAGCGCGCAGCAGGCGCGGGCGCGAUUGAGGCGGCUGGUGCGGCGAUGCAGGCUCACCCGCAGGUGGCGGGCGUGCAGGCGCAAGGACAGCGCUUGAGCGAUCUGCUUGCCUGA